AUCUGUUAGUUGCCUACGUUGAACCUGUAUGUAAAUAUGUCAAACGAGUAAACAAUGCCCUAUAAUUAACAACUAAGUGUUUAAAACAACAAUUACGUUGAACCGAAAAACGUACAAUUCUAAAUUAUCGUCUUGGACAGAUAAGCAUCAAGAGCAGCCAACAAAUUCAUCAUGCCUAUUAAAUAAUAGUGAAUAUAACACAUCAACAAAAAGUUGAUAUUGUGUGUUCCCUGGAAAUAAAUAAAUUUCCUGCAAGAUGAGCUCACUUACGAUAUCGGACGUGAUGGGAGCUCAAUUCGAUAAUGUUCUCUCACUGGCAUUGGGGCCCAUUGAAACGGUACAUCGAUGGAAACGUAUGCCGGAAUGUGACGAAUUUGUUGGAGCCAGGAGAAGUAAACACACAGUUAUAGCAUACAAAGAUGCUAUUUAUGUGUUUGGUGGAGACAAUGGCAAGUGCAUGCUCAAUGAUCUUCUAAGAUUUGAUGUGAAAGAAAUGUCAUGGGGCAGAGCACUGCUAACAGGAUGCCCACCAGCACCCAGAUAUCAUCACUCUGCAGUGGUGCACAAUACAUCAAUGUAUGUCUUUGGAGGAUAUACAGGUGACAUUCAUUCCAACUCCAAUCUCACCAACAAGAAUGAUUUGUUCGAGUACAAAUUCAAUAGUGGGCAAUGGGUUGAAUGGAAGUUUAAUAGUAAAUCGCCGGUGCCCGUGCCAAGAUCAGCACAUGGCGCUGCUAUUUUCGAUAAUAAAUUGUGGAUUUUCGCUGGAUAUGAUGGAAAUGCCAGACUUAAUGAUAUGUGGACUGUUUCUCUUGUUGGUGAUAACAAAACAUGGGAGGAAGUAGAUCAGCAAGGUGAAAGUCCACCAACAUGUUGCAAUUUUCCAGUGGCAGUUGCCAGAGAGUGUAUGUUUGUUUUCAGUGGCCAGAGUGGUGCAAAGAUAACAAACACUUUGUUUCAAUUCAACUUCCAAAGUAAAAUGUGGACGAGAAUUUCAACUGAACACAUUCUUCGAGGUCCUGCUCCACCUCCAGCACGUCGCUACGGUCACACAAUGGUUGCUUUCGAUCGACAUUUAUACGUUUUUGGCGGCGCCGCAGAUGCUACAGUCUCAAAUGAUUUGCACUGCUUUGAUCUCGAUUCACAAACCUGGUCUAUCAUUUUACCCGCCGCGGAUUCCUUCGUUCCAUCGGGAAGACUCUUUCAUGCCGCCGCUGUUGUCGGCGAUGCAAUGUUUAUCUUCGGUGGUACUGUAGAUAACAAUGUGCGCAGUGGAGAGAUGUACCGAUUUCAAUUCUCCAGCUAUCCGAAAUGUACACUGCAUGAUGACUACGGUAAAAUUCUGGAAAGUCGACAGUUUUGCGAUGUGCAAUUUCAAGUUGGGCCUGACGAAGAGCGUAUUCUUGCACAUCUUGCUCUCGUUGCUGCGCGUUCGCAAUUCCUCAGGAAUAAAAUAAAACAAGCAAAAGAUAAUCGCGAUCGACACUUGGAAGAAUUAUUUGGGACUGUGGAUGUUCCCUUCACUGAUUUACCUCUACUCGAAGUUAAACUGCCGGAUGCAAAUCCCGAAGCAUUUGAAAUGGUUUUGAAUUACAUCUACAUGGAUUGUAUUGACCCAACUAAACGCGCCCAGGAAGGCGAAAGCCCUCACAGUAAUCGCAUCGUUCUCUUGAUGAUGGACGUGUAUCGUCUUGCAGUGCAAUUCGAAAUGGCACGAUUGGAACACCUCUGCGUACAGUAUUUGAACGCGACGAUUUGUUUGAACAACGUGCUGGUAGCUCUGCAUAACGCGGACUCCCUGCAAUUGACAUUCAUCAAAGAGUUCUGCCUAAGAUUUAUCGUCAAAGAUACGCAUUACAAUCAGAUUGUAAUGUCUAGAGAAUUUGAGACGUUAGACAGGGUGUUGAUGGUUGAGAUUAUUCGACGCAAGCAAGUACCACAGAACAGAGCGCAAAUCGAGCCGAAGUUCGAUGGGUUGGGAUCGUCCCUAGAGCAAGAUAUGGCCAUGUUUUUGAGGACAACUGGCUUGGAAUUCUGUGAUAUUAAUUUAUUAUUGGACGGCGCUGUUAUUCCCGCACAUAAGAGUGUUUUAGCCGCAAGGUGUGGGUAUUUCGAGGCAAUGUUUCGAUCGUUUAUGCCUCAAGAUGGUACUGUUAGGAUUCAAAUCGGUGAAAUGACACCGUCAAUCGAAUCAUUCUACUCUCUUUUGCGUUACAUUUACUAUGGAGAUGUGAAUAUGCCCCCUGAAGAUUCUCUUUACCUUUUCUCCGCUCCAUACUUCUAUGGGUUUACCAACAACAGGCUGCAGGCAUUCUGCAAGCAGAAUCUCGAGAUGAACGUGACGUUUGAGAAUGUAAUUCAGAUCCUCGAAGCAGCUGAUCGUAUGCAGGCCACUGACAUGAAGAAAUAUGCUUUGGGGAUUAUCGUGCAUUACUUCCCCAAAGUUGCGAAGAUGCCGCGCCUCAAGAUGCUGAGUAAAGAUCUGCUGUUGGAUAUUCUCACCGCGCUGGGAAAUGAUCGGUCGGACAGCAAGCUAUGUCAGGAUAUGUCCUCUAUUAGCAUUAGCAGUGACAACUGAUGCUGGUUUAAGUUCUAUUUGCUUCUACUUAGAGCCUAGCAGAAAAAAAACGCAUGCAAUAGUUUAGUUAUUAUUAUAUAUUUUAAUGAGGCUAAUUCAUUGAUCUAAAAAAUAGGAAAAGACUAAUUACUGAGCUUUAAAAUUGUUUCUGUUGUAACCAAUGUUUGACUGCAUUUACAUGAUCACCAUGUAUUAAUAUAUUGCCUGCAAACUCA